AUGACAAAUGAAACGACAACAGGAGCAGGAACAAUGACAACAACAACAAUAACACCAGCAUCAGCACCAGCACCGGCACCAGCCGCAUCAUCUGGUGGAACUUGUAAAUUUAGAAAAUUUAAUCAAUAUGGCCUGUGUGAAGAGUUAAAUGCUACAACACGUAAUUCUAUUCUAAGUUUAUUAAAACAAGCUGAAAAGAUUAAAAAUAUUCAUUUUAAUCGUACUGAAUUAAGUAUCCUAUUGCAUAUGUGUGCUGAGAUUACAGAUCGUCAGAUAAGAGAUUUAACUGUUGAUGAAUUGAAAUCAUUUUUAUACGCUACACUGGAUAUUACAAAUCCCUUCAGUUUAGAUGGUAUUUGUCGUGCAGCAAUGAAUAGUACACGUAGUUCUGGUGUUAAAAAGACAAUUACACCAAUGAAAUUUCUUGAAAUAUUAUCUAUCCUAUUGAGAGGAAAUUUAACAGAACGUGCUGAACUGGCAUUUCAUAUUAUGGAUCUAGACUGUGAUGGAUUAAUACGACGUAAUAUGGAAGUGAGAAGAUUGUUGCAUGAUACAUUCGAUGUAUCAGUGGCAGCACAAAAUCCUGAAAUUGAUCCAGAUGAACCAGUACGUGAUACAAUUAAUUAUCUGUGUGAGAAAUUACAAUGCACACUAACACAACCUGUAUCAAUUGAUAAGUUUAAAGCAUUAGCACAAGAAGAACCAUGGAUUAUUGAAAGUCUAGUCCCGUGUAUCCCAUCAGAAAUGACAAAUCUUGUCUUUCAAACAGUAUUUAGUACUCAAGUAAAAUUACCUUCACUGGAAUUAUCACCACACGUAGCUCAAAAGAAGCAAUAA